CCUCUGAGCCCAACUUGAAGGUGCGGUCCAGGUUAAAACAGAAAGUGGCAGAGAGGAGAAGCAGCCCCUUACUCAGGCGGAAGGAUGGAAAUGUUGUCACUUCAUUCAAGAAGCGAAUGUUUGAGGUGACAGAAUCCUCAGUCAGUAGUAGUUCCCCGGGGUCUGGUCCCAGUUCACCAAACAAUGGGCCAACUGGAAACAUUACUGAAAACGAGACUUCGGUUUUGCCCCCUACUCCUCAUGCUGAGCAAAUGGUUUCACAGCAACGCAUUCUAAUUCAUGAAGAUUCCAUGAACCUGCUAAGUCUUUAUACCUCUCCUUCUUUGCCCAACAUUACCUUAGGACUUCCAGCAGUGACAUCCCAGCUCAAUGCUUCAAAUACACUGAAAGAAAAGCAGAAGUGUGAGACCCAGACACUCAGGCAAGGUGUUCCUCUGCCUGGGCAGUAUGGGGGCAGCUUCCCAGCGUCUUCAAGCCAUCCCCAUGUCACGUUAGAGGGAAAGCCCAACAGCAGCCACCAAGCUCUCCUGCAGCAUUUAUUACUGAAAGAACAAAUGCGACAGCAAAAACUUCUUGUGGCUGGUGGAGUGCCAUUACAUCCUCAGUCUCCCUUGGCGACAAAAGAGAGAAUUUCACCUGGCAUUAGAGGUACCCACAAAUUGCCCCGUCACAGACCCCUGAAUCGAACCCAGUCUGCACCUCUGCCUCAGAGCACAUUGGCUCAGCUGGUCAUCCAGCAGCAACACCAGCAGUUCUUGGAGAAGCAGAAGCAAUACCAGCAGCAGAUCCACAUGAACAAACCAGCAAGGCAACAGCUCGACUUUGCUGGGGGAUCACCUCCAGAUGUUCAACCAAAGAGAGACACUGCCACCCCACUGAGACUGCUUUCGAAAUCUAUUGAACAACUGAAGCAACCAGGCAGCCACCUUGAGGAAGCAGAGGAAGAGCUUCAGGGGGACCAGGCGAUGCAGGAAGACAGAUCGCCCUCUAGUGGCAACAGCACUAGGAGCGACAGCAGUGCUUGUGUGGAUGACACACUGGGACAAGUUGGGGCUGUGAAGGUCAAGGAGGAGCCAGUGGACAGUGAUGAAGAUGCUCAGAUCCAGGAAAUGGAAUCUGGGGAGCAGGCUGCUUUUAUGCAACAGGUAAUAGGCAAAGAUUUAGCUCCAGGAUUUGUAAUUAAAGUCAUUAUCUGAACAUGAAAUGCAUUACAAGUUUUGGUUGAUGGAUAUUAUUUCCUAUCAGUUUAUAUCUCUGGAUGAUUGAUUUUAGUGUUUAAGGAUUCUGACUAAAACAGAUAUAUGUAUAUAUCUAUAUAGAGAUCUCUCUAUACACUGGUCUCUAUUUAGAUAUCAAGGUUUCAUUGAAACUGAACUGGUAAGGAAAUACGUGUUUCAUUAAAAUUAUUCUACACAGUACCCAAAUACUUAAAAGGCUUAAAAUUCAUCCCAAAGCCUGCUACACCAAUUACUUUUAAGGAAAACGUACUCACUGUUAUUUUUAGUUUAUCUGUUGAGAUCGGUGACUGAUGGACAUAGUCUCCCAGCCUGAUCAAUGAAGCAUUCUAUUAGUUUUUGAUUUUUUUGAACAUGUAGAAUUCGAUUUUCACAUUACUGUACAUAAUGUAUCAUACUACAGUCUUGAACACUGUUAAAGGUAGUCUGCCCCUUCCUUUCUCUAUCUUUUUUGUUAAGUAGAAAUGUUCUGGUUACCAUGCCAGUAGUCCUAGGUUAUUUUGUAGAUUGCAAUUGAAAAUACUACAAAUAC